GUACGCACCCGUACACGCACGUACGCACGCACGCACACAACUUUAACUUGAUGAAGUUUUCCACUAAACUUUACAUUCAGCGCGGAUCAACCUCCCUGAACAGCAGCAUGGCUCCAUUCAAGGGGUGGAUUUUGUGCGCAGUUUCGCUCUGCUGUUUCGCCCGCUUUGGUUCUUGUAGAAGACAAGCAGAUGGACCACUGUCUGAGCUCUUCAUCUUCAAUGAGCUGUGCGCCCUGAAGGACGAAUCAGGGCCUUGCAAGGCCAUUAAAGACCGAUUCUUCUUCAAUGUCGACACAGGACACUGUGAGCUAUUUGAAUAUGGAGGCUGUGGUGGAAACGCCAACAACUUUGAGACCUUGGAGGAAUGUGAGGAAACGUGUGUCGUCUCUGAAAACAAGAAUCCAUGUCAUUUAGCCGAAGCUCCUGGUCCCUGUCGAGGGCUGGUGACACGCUACUUCUUUGACAGCGGGAGUCAGCAGUGCAAGCAUUUCUAUUACGGCGGCUGCUUCGGCAAUGCCAACAAUUUCAAGAGCAUGGCAGAGUGCCAGGCAAAAUGUCAGAAUCCAGAAAAACCCACAAAGGCACCAGAAAUCCAAACACAAGCUGCUAUUAAAUCCAACGUGGUGCAGCCCACCAUACUUACUGGGGAAUUGACUGUAAGUGAACCUCAGGUGGAAACGAAUAAGACAAAUCCAAAAGUGCCGAGGCCUACAGAGCUGUGCUUUGAUCCUAUGGACCGGGGAACAUGUCAGGGUUCAGAGAAGAGGUUUGCAUACAACCCCAUGACCAAGAGAUGCCACGCGUUUAGCUACAGCGGCUGUGGGGGAAACCGGAACAACUUCACAAACCGGAAAGACUGUUUGACCAAGUGCAUGAGAAGAAGAAGAAAGGUUCAUGGGCAGAUGAUCCGAAUAAGGAAGAAAAACCUAGACAACAUUCUUAAUCGCUCCAUCUGAAAAAAACGCAUUACAUCUGUGGAUCCUCCUCUAUUUAUGUCCAUAUUUUAUGUUUAGCUUUACUCAUAUCUGUUGUUUUCUAGUGCUAUGGUACGUGUAUAAAAUCGAUCAUUAUAGUGUACCUAAAUUAGCUUCGUAGUGGCUGAGCUCAAUUUCCAUGAUUAUCCACAUUAUUUCAAUAUAUCUCAAUGACAACAAACACAUUUUGUUUUGCUGAUGUCUAAUAUAGCAGCUCUCUACACUGAUGCUCUGUUUUAAUGCUUUUGUAUGAAACAAUAUAAUUUUAAUUUUUUAUAAUCAUAAUGAUAUCAAUAUUUUAAUUGUAACUCUUUUAUGGGAAACACCAAAGUUUCUGUUGGGUAAAACAAAAUGUUCUGUUCUAUAUGUCUGUACUUUAACUGAUGCUUUUCUACGAUGGUUUUGGUCUAGCUCCACGGUUGUAAAUCAAUGUGAACAACAGCGUUAGCAGAGUAAACUGGUGGACAAUCUUUAUUCUAGGAUCAACAGCAACAAUAUAUAGAAUCUUCUCUAGCAAACACAUUAAUCAACAUGACCUCACAGUUCUAAAUCAACAUGAACAAGGUAAUGAAUGCUAUAUUUUUAUAACAUUAAACAUUAACACUGCUUUUUUCUCCUUUUAAUAUGUGUUAUGCUGUUUUGUAAAUCACUAUUGUAGUCCUGCUGGUGUGACACUAAGAGACAGAAGGAGGCAGUGUUGUGUAAAGAAAGAUUUGAAAGAGGUUGUCAGCACUGGUCUCUCAUGGCUGCACAGUGUUCACCUUACUGUCUUGUUUUAUAACCAUGGCUGUAAUGGAGCGGACUGUAAGAGUUUAUAUAAUAAAGUUCAACAGUCAUCUUCUC